GGUUGAAUUAAUUUUGUUGACUUGCUAACGUUGGCUAGUUAGUUAUCCAACAGUUUUGUUCAAGUCGCUGUGCUUAACGUUAGUUAACUAGCAACCAUUCGUAGUUAGCUACUGUAACUUAGCAAAACAACAGUUAGCGAGCUAACUAAUCGAUAGCUAGGUAACCAACUCACAUCGAUUUUCAAAAAAAUUAACGUAUCACCCAACGGCGCUUUUUGCUAGCUAUAUAACCAACAAUUUUCUAAACUGGACAGCUAGCUAGCUACACCGUUGGCUACUAAGCAUACCCCGUAGUUAGCUACAAGCACUCCGCCAUUACACAUUAACUAGCUAGCUUUGUGCUGCUCGGUCAGUGUUGGGCAAGUCUGUGGUCAAAUGCACCGUGAUAACGCAACGUUCUCUCAACUCACCCGCCGUUUUGCGUUCCACUAAAUGACAUCAAUCUUCUAUUUGGUUGAAUUUCUCUUUGCGUAAAAACACUAACGUUAAUACUGACUCCGCCAGACUUUCAAUAUUGUCCAGACAGUGGAGUACUGCAAGAGCUUUCACUCUAUGCGAUAUCGUUCCCACUUCCUGUUUUGGGGGGAAAGGACCGGUGCUGUGUUGAAUUCUGCUUCCCUCACACAGAUUAUUUUCUUCAAUCAUGUGCGACGCUAGGGGACGCAGUGAGCGGGACGCAGCGUCUCACCAGAUGAUACAGUCAUGUGGCUGCCUGCUAUCAUCGUUUUCCUGCCACCCCAGGAGAGUGUUGCGGUUAUAAACCAGAUCAAUCUCGGUUCAGGUUUCCCAAAUGAAACCCCACAGCUUGGUCUACGUCUUCAGACAUUUUACAAGCAGGAUUCUGAGGUGAUGAUGCCAGAGCCAGUGUUGAGUACACUGGUGGUCUAUCCAUCAUCAGAGUUCACAGAGGUUCUACUGAUGCCGACUCUGACCGUGGAGCCUUCAGGACGACAGGUGUACACUGAGGACACAAUCACCUUGGCAUGUCAGUUACCUGGCCACUCUGGGCUGGGCUGGCAGUUCUACUGGCACAAAGACAGGCAGGACACUGGCCCUGUGGAGCAGAUGUGGGGCAGUGGUGGAGGUGGGGCGGUCUACCAAAUGUGGCGUGCCUCUGUCACACACACAGGCCAGUACUGGUGCAGAGCAGGGAGAGGACAGCCAGUCUUCUACACCCAAUACAGCCAGGCAGUCUCUGUUAAUGUCAUUGAGCUCUUCACAUCAGUGACUUUGUCAGCAUUUCCUUCGACCGUGGUCAAAGAGGGCGGGGCUUUCAACCUCACCUGUGAGGCCCAGCUUAGCAACUGCAAGCUGAGCCAACAUCAUGGUAACCACAGUCUACAUGGUCACCCUGAUCCUGACUGUAACUGGACCACAGUGGUUGUAACAUUCUCCUUCCUGAGGGACGGCUGGCCAGUGGCCGGGGACUCUGUCAGUGGGAUGUACAGCGUAGCGAGGGCUUCUAGGUGUCACAUGGGGACCUACAGCUGUGUGGCCAGAGCAGGCAGGGCCAGGAGGAGCAGUCAGGAGAUCAGCAUCACACUAGACAACCUGUCUCUGAUACUGCUCACCUGCUUUGGCACCUUCCUGAUUCUCUCCAUGGCUCCUUUGGCAUUUUUUGUGAGACUAUACGUGAUGAGAUUAUGGCAGCUCAGAGGCAGAGGACAAGGAGAAUUGCAGUGCAAUGAGUGCAGUACAAUACAGGGACCAACAUGGAGGACAGGUGAGACGUGCUGUGAGAACUCAUGUAGUUCACAUGGCUGUAUUAGUGCACAGGUGUAGGAUCUUAAUUUGAUCACCCUGUUGCAUGUUUUUUACUCAAAAGAUUAAAACAGAUGUUUUAUUGUAAUCUUGCAGAUGUUUCUGGACCCAGCUGACUUGAGAAACUUUCUAUCAUUUAUUACAAAAUUGGAGUGUAGAAUAAUAAACAUAUAAUUAUUUGGAGAAUUUUGA